AUGGGAUGGAGUUCAAAGAAACUUUCGGUUAAAAAAAUCAAGGUAAUUUCUUUCAAUAAUUAUCCGGUUGUCGAUAAAGUAAAGGCGAGACUUUCUAAAUGGAAAGUGAGGCACCUCUCGUUUGCUGGAAGACUGACCCUUCUGAAGUCGGUUCUGGGAAGUAUCCCGUCUUAUUACUUAUCUCUUUUCUACGCCCCGAAGAGUAUCGUUAACAAGAUUGACAGGAUUAGAAAGGACUUUCUUUGGGGGAUAACUGAUACGAAAAAGAAACUUAGAUGGGCCCGUUGGGAUUUUAUGUUGAGUUCUAAGAAGGCGGGCGGUUUGGGGAUCGGGAGAAUAAGAGAUUUUAACCUCGCGAUGCUAACUAAAUGGUGGUGGAGGUUUAAAUCGAACCCAAAUCAAUUAUGGGCCGAAGUCAUUGCGGGGAUUCACAAGAAUAAUUCAGGUGAUCAGUUAAUUCCAAUUAAAAUAUCGGUCCCCGGGGUUUGGAAGGAUAUUGGUGGCAUGAAACAGGUUUUAGAGAAGAUGGGCAUAAUCAUCGGCGAUAAUCUUAUAUUGAAGGAUGGUUGCUGGUCAUGGCGUUCUAAUAAAGACAAAACCUUUUCGGUGAAGCAAGUGCGUAUCGACAUUGAAGGGUCUUUGGGGACUGAUUCAAGCAGCACUUCGUUGUUUGAUUGGAAUAUUUGGUCCCCCCCUAAAGUGAAGUUGCUGAUGUGGAGAGCUUUGCUCGGCAAAGUUGCGUCUAAGGUUGGCUUAGAUCAUAGGGGUAUAUCGGUGCCAGACGUCUCCUGUCCUCGAUGUGGAAUAAAUGCCGAGCACCCGGACCACAUUUUCUUCAAUUGUCUUUGGGCCAGAAGUUUAUGGUGGAACGUGUUGUCUUGGGUUCGGCUAAAGUUUCCUCUUCAUUGCGCUUCCUUGUCGGCUCUUGUUUCAUACAUUAAAGAGACACCGGGUGGAAGGGUGUGGAAAAAAUUGGUGCAGAUGAUAGUUGCUGCCAUGGUCUGGAGAAUUUGGAGCGCCAGAAACGCCAAGGUUUUUGAAGGCAAGUUUAUCCCUAUUCGGCAGUCGGUCGAUCUCGUUAAGGAGGACACGUUCUUGUGGAUUUGCAACCGAUCGAAGCUCAAAAAGCUCUCUUGGGAGAACUGGGAUAAGUUCGAUGUUGUUGACUUGAUGUAA